UGACCUCCAAAAAGGUUCCAUUUAAAGAGACUCUCUUUGGAAAUUAGUAUGUGAUCCCUAACAUGUGUUCUUGUCUCAUGUGAUUUUCUUGUUUACCAAGAGGUUCAUUUAAAUUUGUUUCUCUUUCGGUGUCAAUUUGUUAACCAUGCAAGAGAUCAAAGUGCUUAAUGUUGUCGUCAAUAAAGCGAGUGAAGUUGUUCGUCAUGUCUUUGUGAAGCCUCUCGCUUCUGACAAAGAGAAAAGUGUCAUUCUAAUUAAUUUGCCAGGUUUUUGUGACGCUGUUUCCGUUAAGAAAAGUCUAUCGGUGACCUUUGGCUCUAUAAAGUCCAUCAGAUUUCAUUCUUCCAUUGAGACAAUCGGAAUGAAUGAAGCUACUUUUGAUGGAGGUGAAAUAUCCCCAAUCUAUGGUUAUCGAGCCGCUGUUGUUGUAUUCAAAGAUCAGAAAGGUAUUCAAUCAAUGAACCAGCUCAUUGAAUCAAAGAAAAUUUUGUAUCUAUAUGGUCAAGGAAAACCACUAACAGGACUACGGAGAUGGGAACAUUGUUACAAUGAAUCAAUACUGGAUUUGGAAGCUACUAAGAAAGAUAUUACUAAUUAUAUCGCUCGAUACGAUAAAAGGGUGCGAUUGGAAAAAGAAAAUGCCAAAGCUAUGGAAGGAGUUGCAGAUGAAGAUGGAUGGAUUAAAGUUUCUCGCCAUGGAAAGAAACCAUUCCUACCGAAUGCUGAUUAUUUAGACAAGAAAAUCACUGAGAAAAUGCAAAAGAAAAGAGCUAAAAGUGAAAUUUUUCCUCGAACUGAAAAGGUGAAAAGUGAUGUUUUGUAAUUUCGUUUCUUCUAUUAUUUUAUUUAUAUAAAUGUAAGUUCAGUAAAUUAUAUUUGGAAUUUGAUCAAAGUUUGAUUAAGUGAA